GAUAAACUGUAUUUUCCUUGUAUUAUUUGUAAUGCUGUAUCCAACGAUAUCGUUGGCAAAAUAUGCAGCAGUUAUCUUGCAAUAUAAGUACGUAGAACACACGUAAAGAAGGAUUAUUUUCAUACUAUUGUGCCGCGGUGUAACAAGCAUGGUAUUUGCAGCGGAAAUUUCUGAUUUAUUGAAAAUUGAUAUUUAAUCGAGAUAACAGGAAAUCGUAAGAAUGUUUUGUUUUACACGAAUAAACACGAGUGGUGGGCUCUCAUCGAGCGUAAUCUUUAGAUACAUAGAUAUCGUAAUAUCGUGAAACUGAAGAUCACAGUAAUUUACAAAACAGAGAUGUAUGAUAAAUGCACUUGUUAUUGUCAUCGACAUUAAAUCAGAAAGAGAAAAGUAAAUUUUGAUUCUCGGAGUGCCAGUUACUGCGAACAAAUCAUUUCCUUAGAUAAAUAAAUAAUUCUUCUAUUUAUCUAAGGAAGAUCUAUCUUUUUUAUCAACAAAGGGAGGGAAGAGCAGUCUUUCGAAAAUUUGCCAAAACAAAAAUGUUAGCAACGCGUGUUGCGUGUUAUCGAAAAAGUCACUUAACGAGAACGCUCGGAGAACGUCACUCUCUCUUUGUCCAGUUUGUCAUUUAUUGGACAUUCCACGGAUUCCACGUUCGGGCUCGUAAGUUUUUUUCCCUUGGCGUGGAAGCGCCGUGAAUGUGGAAUAAAUUCAAAUGUCUGGCGUAACGGAACUUCCGUUUAGGAGGGUGUUUAGUGUGUGGUAUAGUUGUGCCGGCGACGGACAGAUGGCGCGGAGCGGGACUUAUUUAUACGUAGAUGCGGACUACGUAAGUAUAUACACGUGAUUGCUUCACGAUACGUCGCGUCGUAACGAUAGGCUUCGAGUCACGGCCGUUCGAAGUGCACGUGAGCUUCAAAUGAACGGGAUCUCGUUUCAUUCAGAAACUACGAGGCCGCGGUUCUGUUAGCCGCAGCUCGAAUCUGCGUGUAUAUAUCCGGCACCGAUCAGUGCUCUGUAUUCCAGGGACACGUGUGUGUUUCACCCUUUUGACAGACGAAAAUGACGACGUUGCAAGCGAUCAAGUGGGAGAACGACAAGCUGGAGAUACUUGAUCAAAUAUUGUUGCCGGCGAUCUCCCGAUACAUCCCUGUCAGAGGCGUGGAGGACGGCUGGAAAGUCAUAAAUAACAUGCAGGUUCGUGGAGCACCAGCUAUAGCCAUCGUAGGCUGUUUGAGUUUGGCAACAGAGAUUAAAAACGAGGAGUACACAGACAAGAAGAGCCUUCGACAGGAUGUGGAGGGCAAAUUGAAUUAUUUGGUUUCUGCCCGGCCAACUGCUGUUAAUAUGAAAAUAGCUGCGGACGAACUGAUUCAGCUGGCUAAUAAACUUACCAAGGAUGAAACUGUUAACGUAACAGAGAUGAAAGAAAGAUUUUUCGAAGCCAUAGAAGCUAUGUUGGAGAAGGAUAUCGCUGAUAACAAGGCCAUCGGGGACUUUGGGGCACAGGAGAUCUUGAAGAACGUGUCAGGGGACCAUUCUGUUAGGAUCUUAACGCAUUGUAAUACCGGCAGUUUAGCAACAGCAGGUUAUGGCACAGCCUUAGGUGUUAUUAGAUCUCUUCAUAACAAAAAUAGUCUUGAACACGCAUACUGCUCUGAAACUAGGCCAUAUAAUCAGGGAGCACGACUGACUGCGUACGAAUUAGUGUAUGAAAAAAUUCCCGCCACUCUAAUCUGCGACGACAUGGUGGCAGCUCUGAUGAAAUCAAGGAAUAUAUCUGCGGUUGUUGUCGGUGCGGACAGAGUUGCUGCAAAUGGCGACACAGCUAACAAAAUCGGAACCUAUCAAAUUGCCAUAGUCGCUAAGUACCACAACGUUCCGUUCUACGUAGCGGCUCCACGAACCUCCAUAGACUUUAGUAUUCCCAGUGGCGACCAUAUCGUUAUCGAAGAAAGGCCAGAGAGGGAAAUGACGCAUAUAAAUAACCAACGAAUCGCGGCACCUGGGAUACAAUGUUGGAAUCCAGCCUUUGAUGUAACGCCGGCUAGUCUAAUUAAAGGCAUCAUUACGGAAGUUGGAGUGUACAGACCUGAAGACUUGAUACAAUUGAAGAAUUGCGAACGCUCCUGAUACGGAGAACACGGGGAUGGAUGCGACGGACGUCCUCGAUCCCGACAGGGCGUCAGCCAACGGUGAGGAUGUUCCCAACACCGGCAACAAUAAUGGCAACAACAACGAGGACGACGAGGCGCCCACCGUCGAGGAGACUUACGAGGUCACCACCACUAAACGCAAAACCAUCCGGACCAGCUAUAAGAUCCAAGAA